UCCUUGCUUGGCUCAGGACGCCUGGAGGCUGCCGGGCACCUACGUGGUGGUGCUGAGGGAGGAGACCCACCGCUCGCAGCUGGAGCGCACCGCCCGCCGCCUGCAGGCCCAGGCCGCCCGCCGGGGCUACCUCACCAAGGUCCUGCACGUGUUCCAUGACCUCUUUCCUGGCUUCCUGGUGAAGAUGAGCAGUGACCUGUUGGGCCUGGCCCUGAGGCUGCCCCACGUGGAGUACAUCGAGGAGGACGCCUCUGUCUUUGCCCAGAGCAUCCCGUGGAACCUGGAGCGGAUUAUCCCUGCCCGGUACCAGGCCGAUGAGUACCAGCCCCCCAAUGGGGGCAGCCUGGUGGAAGUGUAUCUCUUAGACACCAGUAUCCAGAGCGGCCACCGGGAGCUCCAGGGCAGGGUCACAGUCACCGACUUUGAGAGCGUGCCUGAGGAGGACGGGACCCGCUUCCACCGACAGGCGAGCAAGUGUGACAGCCACGGCACCCACCUGGCCGGGGUGGUCAGCGGCCGGGAUGCGGGAGUGGCCAAGGGCGCCAGUCUGCGCAGCCUGCGUGUGCUCAGCUGCCAAGGGAAAGGCACCGUCAGCAGCACCCUCAUAGGCCUGGAGUUCAUUCGGAAAAGCCAGCUGGUCCAGCCCGUGGGGCCUCUGGUGGUGCUGCUGCCCCUGGCGGGUGGGUACAGCCGGGUCCUCAACGCCGCCUGCCGGCACCUGGCAAGGACUGGGGUGGUGCUGGUUGCUGCUGCCGGAAACUUCCGGGAUGAUGCCUGCCUCUACUCCCCAGCCUCGGCCCCUGAGGUCAUCACGGUUGGGGCCACCAAUGCCCAGGACCAGCCGGUGACCCUGGGAGCCUUGGGGACCAACUUUGGCCGCUGUGUGGACCUAUUUGCCCCAGGGGAGGACAUCAUCGGUGCCUCCAGCGACUGCAGCACCUGCUUCAUGUCACAGAGUGGGACGUCACAGGCCGCCGCCCAUGUGGCGGGCAUCGCAGCCAUGAUGCUGUCCGUUGAGCCGGAACUCACCCUGGCUGAGCUGAGGCAGAGACUGAUCCGCUUCUCUGCCAAGGAUGUCAUCAAUGAGGCCUGGUUCCCCGAGGACCAGCGGGUGCUGACCCCCAACCUGGUGGCCUCACUCCCCCCCAGUGCCCCCGGAGCAGGUGGGCAGCUGCUCUGCAGGACAGUGUGGUCGGCACACUCGGGGCCCACGCGGACGGCCACAGCUGUGGCCCGCUGCACCCCGGACGAGGAGCUACUGGGCUGCUCCAGCUAUUCCAGGAGCGGGAAGCGGCGAGGCGAGCGCAUGGAGGUGCAAGGGGGCAGGCGGGUCUGCCUGGCCCACAACGCGUUUGGGGGUGAGGGUGUCUAUGCCGUUGCCCGGUGCUGCCUACUCCCCCAGGCCAGUUGCAGCGUCCACACAGCGCCGCGAGCCGGGGUCGGCACAGAGCCCCGCGUCCACUGCCACCAGCAGGGCCACGUCCUCACAGGCUGUAGCUCCCACUGGGAGGCAGAGGACCUCGACGGCCACAGGUGGCCAGUGCCAAGGCCACGAGGCCAGCCCGACCAGUGCGUGGGCCAUAAGGAGGCCAGCGUCCACGCUUCCUGCUGCCACGCCCCGGGUCUGGAGUGCAGAGUCAAGGAGCAUGGGAUCCCUGGCCCCGCGGAGCAGGUCACAACGGCCUGCGAGGAGGGCUGGACCCUGACUGGCUGCAGUGCCCUCCCCGGGGCUGCCCAUGUCCUGGGGGCCUACGCUGUGGACGACACAUGUGUGGUGAGGAGCCAGGACGUCGGCCCCGCAGGCAGGACUCGCGAGGAGGCCGGGGCAGCCGUGGCCAUCUGCUGCCGGAGCCGGCGGGAGCAGGCCUCCCACGAGCUCCAAUGACAGCCCUGUCCCAGGAUGG